UCUCUCCAUCACACGGCCGCUCGCUGUUUUUUUUUUUAAAAGACAUUUUUGUGUGAUGGCGGAGGACAGCGAGUCCGCGGCCAGUCAGCAGAGCCUGGAGCUGGACGACCAGGACACCUGCGGGAUAGACGGAGACAACGAGGAGGAGAAUGAACAUCUGCAGGGGAGUCCAGGGGGAGAUUUGGGGGCCAAGAGGAAGAAGAAGAAGCAGAAGAGGAAGAAAGAGAAGCCAAGCUCGGGGGGAGCCAAGUCUGACUCUGCCUCUGACUCUCAGGAGAUUAAGAACCCUGGUUUACCCAUUCAGAAGUUGCAGGACAUCCAAAGAGCCAUGGAGCUGCUGUCCUGCCAGGGUCCUGCAAAGAGCAUCGACGAGGCAGCCAAGCACAAGUACCAGUUUUGGGACACUCAGCCUGUGCCAAAGCUAAAUGAAGUUGUGACGAGUCAUGGGCCGAUUGAAGCUGACAAAGACAACAUCAGACAGGAGCCAUAUUCCUUACCUCAAGGCUUCAUGUGGGACACUCUGGAUCUCAGCAAUGCAGAUGUGCUGAAAGAGCUGUACACACUGUUAAAUGAAAACUAUGUGGAGGAUGAUGACAACAUGUUUAGAUUUGAUUACUCACCAAACUUUCUCAAAUGGGCUCUGCGUCCACCUGGCUGGUUACCACAGUGGCAUUGUGGAGUGAGAGUGUCCUCCAAUAAGAAGCUUGUUGGCUUCAUUAGUGCCAUCCCUGCGGAUAUACGUAUCUAUGACACGCUGAAAAGGAUGGUAGAAAUCAACUUCCUGUGUGUCCAUAAGAAGCUGCGCUCAAAGCGUGUGGCUCCUGUGCUCAUCAGAGAGAUCACACGGAGAGUGAACUUGGAGGGGAUAUUUCAGGCAGUAUACACAGCAGGAGUUGUACUCCCGAAACCUGUGUCCACAUGCAGGUAUUGGCAUCGUUCUUUGAACCCCAGAAAACUUGUGGAAGUUAAAUUCUCCCAUCUGAGCAGAAACAUGACCCUGCAAAGAACCAUGAAACUCUACAGACUACCAGAUAGCAUCAAAACCCCAGGUCUGCGGCUGAUGGAGAGACGUGACAUCCGCCAAGUCACCGAGCUGCUGCAGAAAUACCUUCAACGUUUCCAGCUUGCACCUUCUUUGGGGGAAGAGGAGGUCACUCACUGGCUUUUGCCGCAGGACAACAUAAUUGACACUUACGUAGUAGAGGGUGCUGGUGGUGUUCUGACAGAUUUCACUAGCUUCUACACUCUGCCCUCGACGGUGAUGCAUCAUCCUCUCCAUAGGACCCUGAAGGCAGCUUAUUCUUUUUACAAUGUUCAUACACAAACUCCGCUACUGGACCUAAUGAAUGAUGCACUGAUCUUGGCCAAACUGAAAGGUUUUGAUGUGUUCAAUGCCUUGGAUUUAAUGGAGAAUAAGGGGUUCCUGGAGAAGCUCAAGUUUGGCAUAGGAGAUGGAAAUCUGCAGUAUUACCUCUACAAUUGGAAGUGUCCACCUAUGGACCCUGAUAAGGUUGGCCUCGUCCUUCAGUAGCACGUGUCCUCACAGCGGCUACAAAAAAUACGGAUUGAGAGGUUUUCUGGGACCUCUGGCUACUCCUUACCUGGACAUACAGGUAGCCCAAGCUAGACAAUGAAAACUACAACAGUCAAACCAACCUGGUGACCGGGCGGCGGUGCACCCGGCACUUGUGUCAUCGAGAACAUUCUCAGUUCCCCCGGAGCUGAAAACUCUUAAAUCAUCAACAUCCUGAAUGUGAAGUCAUGCUAUGCCUGAGAUACUCACACAGUACAACGCUCCCAUUUCAAAACACAUCAGUUUGACAUUCAAGAGGAUGCCUUGAUAUUCAUGAGUCUUUGUUUAGCUCUUCCUCAGCAGACCCUUUGUUACAAGGUACGGACGGGUUGUUUCAUUUCAUUGAGGGAAACCGUGUAAAUCAGGGAUGGGGAACCUUUUUUCUACCAGGGGCCAUUUUAGUUUUUAAAACAUCCUUACACAGUAAAUUAUUGUUUAUUAUUGACACAUUUAUCGCACCAGGGCUCCUGACUAAGUUUUGGUUGCACUGGUGUGCCUAACUUUUUCCUUUAGGUGCACCCAACAUUUUCACUGCGCCCUUUGGUACCACAAUAAUACACCUUUUAAACCUUCUCUUGGCAGUUCAGAUACACAUUUAAUAUCUGAACUGGGUAGUGCCACUGAUCUCCCAAAUCGAUUGGAUAUUCAAUCACAAGGUCUCGAUUUGAUUCGAUUAUGUAACUGUGUAAGGAAACCUCUAACUUUAUUGACUUUAGAAUUUGUUGUAUUAAGGUUAGUAUACCAGCGUUUCCUUGACGACUGGGAGUGUGUGUGUGUGUGUUUGCGCGAGUCGCUCUUCACAACAAACAGUUAUGUGAGUGUGUGAUUUUAAACUCGGCCUCACUCCCUAAUUCGGAGGAUAAGACUCGAUCAAAUACACAGACGCACCAGCUAAAUGUUAGUGCGACCAAGGACCCCAUUGUUAAAUCGCCCUUCACCGAUUUUUUUCAUGUAUAUAUAUGAAUUGCCUCGCAGGCCGCACGUUCCCCACCCCUGAUGUAAAUGAUAAUCCGCAAGUAAACAAACUUUUCUAAUUGGGUUCAAGUCCAAACAAUUAGUUAUUGCAUACCAACAGCAGCUGAACAUUUGUUCUCAUAUCAGUGUGGUCGGAAGGAUCUCUGCUGGUUGUGUCAUGGCCUCAGUAGAGUUGUUUCUUUGAUAAGAGAAACAUCUGUCACCUUUUUUCACCUCAAACAUUCAUACCUUUAAAUCACAAAUGUAGAGAACAAGGAAGGACUUAUCCAGCUGGUGCAUUAAUCGACAUGUUUUUGUUCAAAAUAUAUAGUCACCUGUACAUUUAGAGUCAGAUCAUAUUAAUCCUGUAGAGUGCUUUUGGGGUGUGGGAGGGCUGAUCCAAAGUAUUUUUCCUCUUAAGUAGUGUAGAUGUCACUGGGUUUGUUCGGUCAAUUAAGGUUUAAGGGGUUUUCAUGAAGAAUGUAUUGCAUCAAUGAAGCACAAUUUUUCAGUUCUUAAACCAGAAGGAGGUUCCUUUAAGGGUCAGGGUGCCCAGAUUUCGAAACUGAUGAGUUGCAGAACAGAGUGUCAACUUUGUUAUUUCAUUUGAUUUAAGCUGCUUUCACAUUAUAAACCUGUUUCUAGAGAUUCCAUUUUUAAAACAACACUCUUACAAUACGUUAUCUAGUUAUUAUAUCUGAUGUGCUCAUGCAGAUGUUAGAAUCGAUUGCAUGUCAGUGGUGGGAUGUCCAGUUAGCAAGGCUGCUGAAUAAGUAACUUUUUAUACACAAACUGAGAGGUGCUCAGCAGUGCAGUAAAACACUGGGCAGGAAACACACAUAACUAGAAUGGCAUUCAGUAAGCCAAAGACCUCCCCCAAGGCCCAACAGUUCCCUUAUAAAGCCACAUUUAAAUUCCCUAAAUCCAGUCAUUAUCUGGAACUGCACAAUAACCCCUACCUAUAAAUAUGCCUGAGUUUUUCCAUCCGGGUCCAUGUGCUAGUUCCUGAGAAAUUAAUGAAAAUGUUUUUGUUUUUUUAAGUACUUUCUUUAAACGUUACAGAAAAUCCUGGACCUGCCACAAAAUGCAAAGGGUUCUUUCUUUGCUCCCGUCCCAUCCUUUCAAAAAGUUGUGUGGAAAUUUGUUCGGUAAUAAAAUAUAGUAUAAUAAAUAAAGAGGCAAAAACAGAACCGCAUUGGCAGAGGAAAACACCAGUUUAACAACAUUCAAGUGAUAUUGACUUUUCAAGUUCUACUAAAACAUUUUCAAAAAUGGUCACUUUCUCUCUCUAGAGGCAGUUUUAUAUUGUGGGAAUUGUGCAUGUGCUUUGACAUAGUGCAUGUUCUCAGCUAAGUCCCAUUUAAAACUGUCAGUUUUAUUUUUAGUCAUUGUCGCACAGGCCGCUUGCAAAGCAUUUAUCACUUCCUACUUUAAAUAGCCUGUUGCAAAGCAAAAACAAACUAGUCCCUGUAAAAUUGCAGAACACUACGGUCGUAAGCAUUUCUGAACCGAUUCUCGUUCAAACUCUGGAGAAUUUAGCACAACUCUCAAACGGUCUGAAGCAAUUUCCAACAGCAUGCUGAAUCCACUGAAGCCUGUGUCAGUAACCGCGUCAAUUUGAAAUGUGAGCAUUUCCUGGUUUUCCAGUCUGCAUUCUUAUUGACUUCUCUCUCAGAUUUGUUUUUAAUGGUACUGUAUUUUGUGUGUCUGAAAAAUAUACUGUAGGUUAUUUUUUUAGUGUGUUGUGCAGCUACUUGCGUGAAACAGUUCUGAUAUUUAUAAUUGUACUUUGCAAAAGUGUCUUAAGACAUCAUUCUUCUUUUUCUUUCCAGUAUUUCCCUAAGAAUUCCAGUGAAACGGUUGAUUUCAGAUGUGUCCCUCCACUCACGCUGUGGUGGUUUCCUCAAAAAGGGUUUAAAUGUUAAACAGUCUUUUCUUUGUCCCUUUUGUUCGAUGUUCCUGUUCCCGUGGCUCUGUGUAACUGAAGAGGUAAAGGCUGCUGCAAUCUUCGUCAUUGAUUUUUCUCUGUGAUGUAGUUUCCUUCUCAUCCCUUUAUAAAUUAGCAAGAAAAGAACGACUGAUGAACAGUGUUCAACGAUUUUUUCUUUUGACCAUUGAAAGGUUGAACGAGUUACUUUCACAAAGAGGGAAGCUACCAGGUUUACUGAAACACUGAAACCAGUUGCAGAGUGGACAGUGUGCCUCAUGGAUGUUGGUUGUCACGGAUGUGUUGCCUGCAGCUGUUUGAAUGAACUUGGAGCAUGUCAGUUUUGCUGCCGUGUUGAUUUUAGAGAUGAUGUUACUUAGCUACACCCUUUAGUGAGAACUCAACCUGAAGUACCUGCCUUAUUUAAAAAACAAUGAUUUGUUUAUUUUUUAUUUUAAGUUUUGGGGAUGGGCUGGGGGGGGCGGGUAUGUACUUUUGAACCGACAUACAGCUUUCUCUAACUUAAGAACAACAUUUUUAUUCAGAUCCAUCGUAAGCUGUGAUAAAGCUGAAGAACUUGUACCAGCAUCAUAUAAGACAUGACCCCAUGCAAAUAACAAUCUGUUCCAACACGCGUCGGCUAUACCAGCAUGGAUGUUUGAUUGAAUAAACACACUUUGAAAAAGGUA